AGCAGCUGGAUCAGUUGGUUCCUCGGGAUCAAGGGCAACGAGUACCUCUGCCGCGUGCCCAUCGACUACAUUCAGGAGACGUUCAACCAGAUGAGACUGGAGUACUUCACCGAGGUACUGCAAGUGAUACUGAAUCCGGGGUUCGACAGUUCCUUGGACUGGGUCGUCGGCGAUGAGGAGAAGUGGUACGGCAUGAUCCACGCCCGAUACAUCAUGUCGGAGAGAAAAGCCCUGCCUGUGGGCCCCAGCGACGUGUGGGUCAACUCCAACGUGAAGAUCUUCUGCCCUCGCUGUAACGAUACACAGCCGGACCAAAGACACUAAAAUAACAAGAUGCUUUUUAUUAUUUUUCAUACGAGUGAACUGGCAACAUGUCGAGCCCCCAGAACAACAGCAGCUGGAUCAGUUGGUUCCUCG